ACCCCCACGCCAGCGCACGCAAGGUGCGCGCGCACUCUCAGAUCGCUACUCGCCGGGCUGGGUCGGGCGCGCAGGCGCAGUGAGGAGGCCGCGUGGGGGGAGCAGGCGGCGCUGGGCCAAGGAGGCCCGCGGCGGGAUAUUCCCGGCGGCGAGCGCGGAUUUGCCAUGCCUUUCUGUGCUGGGCUCUGGGGCCCCUUCACCCAUGCAAGCAGAACACUCAGCCAGCGCAGUUUCAGCACCACCGGGAGCCUCAGUGCAAUUCAGAAGAUGACGCGGGUCCGUGUGGUGGACAACAGUGCCCUGGGGAAUACACCAUACCAUCGCCCUCCUCGUUGCAUCCAUGUCUAUAACAAGAAUGGGGUGGGCAAGGUGGGCGACCGGAUACUACUGGCCAUCAAGGGACAGAAGAAAAAGGCCCUCAUUGUGGGGCAUCGCAUGCCCGGUCCCCCGAUGACCCCUAGGUUUGACUCCAAUAAUGUGGUCCUCAUCGAGGAUAAUGGGAACCCUGUGGGGACCCGAAUUAAGACACCCAUCCCCAGCAGCCUACGCCAAAGGGAAGGUGAAUAUUCCAAGGUGCUGGCCAUUGCUCAGACCUUUGUGUGAGCAGGGCUCAGUCCCUUGGCUGCGGUAGGAAUCAUGGGAGGGAACCUGGGGCCUGUGGCUGGGGAAUAGUGUCUGAUGAAAAAAUAAACCCUUUCAUGUAUGUUUCCUCCUGAA